AUGGACGACCCAUUCGUGGCAACCCCCCUGGCCGCUGUCCAGUCACAACGGGAACCGCAUCGCUACUCGUCCUUCGACAACCAGCUCCUGACUCUGAACUCGUCUUCACCUUCUCAGCUGAAACGGGCACUGGAAAUUCACCUCGCUGAAACGGACCGGAGGCUAGAGGAGACGUCCAAGCUUGGCACUGCUCUUGUCCGCCAGCAGCAGGAACUCGCUGACAAACUAAAAGAGGUUGAACAGCAGGAAGAUGAAGGUGAGAUCGGGCCUGAGUUACGUGAAAAGCUGCUCGCCUUGGAGAGAGACUACAAUGAGGUCGGACGUGAGUCGGCCAGGACGACCUUUGGUGCCAAGCCAAGGCUGCUCGCGCCUGAAGAUACGCCCCUCGAUAGUCGGCCUGCCAGCCGUAUCCAUGACAUUGAGUUCGCUACCGAAAUCAGCACCUCACUUCUCACACAAGUCCGCCAGCUUCAGGCUCUCCUUGCUGAGCGGGAUGAGGCUCUCCGCGAAACGAAUUUGGAAAAAUCCAGGCUCGAGCUUGAAGCCGAAGGGUUCUCCCAGCGCAUCAGAUCCCUAGAUGAGAGCGAACAACGGUACAAAGAUGAGAACUGGAGACUGGAGACACAGUCCCACGAACUCAUGGCUGCCGCCAAGGAAGCUGCUGCUCGCGAGAAUAGGCUGACUGCCAAUUUAAAUGCCCUGACUGCAAAGAAGAACAGUGUCCAGCGGGAGCUCGACGAGCUCAAGCAGGCGAACGGAAAACUUAUUGAGGAGCACUCUGCAGCCCAAAAAGCUCAUGAUUCUGAACUGCACAUCUUGCGACGCAACCUCAACACCGGAGAUGCUGAACGUAAUAAUCUGCGAAAGAAGGUUGACGAACUAGUCGGGCAGAACCAGGAGCUUGCAAAGGCUGUAGCCGCCAAACUUCGACAACACGAGUCCGAACCUGCUAGGAAUGUCGACACGGAGACUAAAGACAAUGAUGACGAUGAAGAUACCCCUGAAAACUCCCCUCCUCCGUCGCCCAACAAGGCCACGCCACGUCACGGUCACUUGGAGUCCGAAACACUCAAGAGCUCUCUCCAUCAUGCCCACCGUAUGAUUCAGAACCUCAAGAGCAACAUUCACCGCGAAAAGUCUGAAAAGAUUGAACUCAAGCGCAUGCUACAAGAGGCCCGCGAUGACCUCGAAGCCCGCAGAAAUGAAAUAGCUGCGGCUCAAGGCAGUGCACAGAAGCGCCAAAAGACUAAGGCGGAGAUCUUCAAGAAACCCCCGCGUCCAGAUAUGCUUGGUGCCGGUAGGAAAGGUAUCACCGAAAUUGAACUUGAUGAGCCUGAUUGGGAGGAUGAAGAGGUCAUGGAACCCAGCCCUACCAAGACUGUACGACCAAGACAGACAUCAGUCGUCUACACCCGUCCCCGGCCCCGUCCUCGCUCUGGCUACGUAAGCGCAAGUGAUGCAUACCAGACUGCAAACGAAACUGAAGACGGUGGCUUUGAGACUGCGCACGAAACCGAGACAGCGACUGAAAGUGAGAAUUUCCAGACAGGCACCGAGGACAUGGCGGGAGACAGCAGCGACGAGCUCACAGAAACGGAAGGCCGCGCAGUUGGACAGAUUGCAUUACCUCGCACAAAGCCAUAUAAACUCAGGAAUGCAAAGGCUGGCGAUCGCUCUUCGUUCAUGAGCACCGCAUCCACAUCCGCUGAUGAGGAUGAUUACCCCUACAAUGAGGUGCAUACGCCUGUGCAAUCCCAUCCGCCUCGCUACCGCUUGAAGGUGCAAAGGGGCAGACACGCAAGGUCGUCCGAAGAGACGAUCCAGGCGGGCGGAAGUAUGGGCUACGAAACCCAAUCUCCCGGCGGUAGCCUGCAUAGUCCCAAAUCUAGAGUUGAGGGCGGACGAAGCCUCUUUGCAGAGCUUGGUGAAGCCGGCAUGGGCAGUGACGGUGAAUUCGGGAGCCCGCUGCAACAGCCCAACAAUAACCCUGUCUCAGCUGAAUCUACCCCUAUUCGCAAUCUCAGCUUCUUGCAAAAUAAAGAUGUCGACCAGCCACCUCGUGUAGCCAUGGUCGACUCCUCCAUGAUGACUGAGCCAUGGCCUGCUCCUGCUCCUGCAAGUGGAACUGUAGCCACACAGACUCUUGCUCCUCAGACCGUUAAUGCAACAACAUCCACAACAUCUGCAGUCCUCGUCGACAGUUCAACUCAGUCUAUUGAUUCGAAACAUCCUAUUACCCAGACUGAGGCAAUGGUUGUCUUCAACACUCUUCCUUCAGAGCCUAUCAAAUCAGUAGAUAUGGCAACCCAAUGCUCCCCUGUCAAAUCUCAACCAAUGGCUCAAAGUGCGCCUGUAGUUAUCCAUGAUACACCGCCGGCGGAACCUUCAAAGUUUACCGCAGUGGACAUGGCAACUCAGUAUGCAUCUGCAAAGCCUCAAGCCAUGGUACAAAGCGAAGCGAUGGUCAUGUUCGAUUCUCCUCCAGUUGCCACACCCGCCGAGGAGGAUAGAUCCCGCGAUAUUAUCGCACCAAUCCCCGUUCCUCUUCCUAUAGCUUCGUCGUCUCCUGAUCCAGAACCGGCCCCAGAGCCCAUCAAACUGGAACGUUCACCAAUAGUGUUCGAAGAAACGACCCCUGUUCUGGCACCUGUUGUUGAACAGCCGCGACGAAACUCAAUGCAACUCGCCUUUUCUGAUGUUACAUUUGAGCAAUGCCGUCCCGUCACUCCUCUUCCAAUCCCGGCUGCUCUCCCGGUUCCUUGCACUCCACCAAAAUACAUGGCAUCUUCUAUUCAAACCAUCGACACACCACCAAUUUCUCCUCCCACUCAACCUGAAGUUGUCAAGCCAUCCAUCCAGCUAGAGAUGUCGUCGAUCUAUGCUGAGUCUACUACACCAGUCGUACCAGAGCCCGCGUCUACGGUUAUUCCACCGGUAGUUGCUUUAGGUACAGGCUCAGAGACAGAGACUUCUCCAAGAAGACCGAGAACUGCUGUCCAUGAUAAGGAUACAGAAGUUCCCUCAUCCUUGGAAUCAUCACGCGAAAUGAUGCCGCCGCCCAAGUUCGUUACGGAGGAUACCGGCUCCAUGAAGUCUGAACAACCAUUACAUUCAUUUGCACCUGUCAGUGUCACAGAGAAUGGAGCUCAGACUAUCUUGACCAGCAAGCAGAUCGAUUCUCUCCUGCUAGACAAAUAUGUCAUGCCACCACCAAAGACGCCAGAGUCGAGAGCACCAGUCCCUGCAUUCCCUGGCUCAUUAGAGGAAGCUGCCUUGGCUACCCCUAGAGCCAAGACACAGCCGUCAUCGGCCAACGACAAUUUCCUGCUUCCCAACGCUGCCGCCAAACGGCCUGGGAGCGCAGGAAGCCGACGCAGUGCUAUGGUUCACCCGCCUCUUCCGCCAGACCACAAGCAAGCGAUUGCUGCUGCCGCUCAGAGGUUAUCAACUGAGAGCCCAACAGGUGGUGCCGGUACCAUGGGGCCUCCAGUAGCUCCGGCCUCUGCCUAUCGAUCAGGAGUUCCUGCAUCUCGACCAAGGACACCCAACGAACAAGCUAUGGGGACCGCCACUGUUCAAGGAAGCAAUGGGUCAAAAACUCAGCACAAGCACAGUGGUGCAGCUUCCCGACGGUCUUCGAUUUCUUCGUUUGCCUCCGAGCUUGAUGACCGGUUCAAUCUGUCAAGGUCGGAAUACGGCUUUGAACCUGGCACUGAUCCUCGCAUGAUCCAAGCCAUCACGCAGACCAUGAUUGGAGAGUUCCUCUGGAAAUACACUCGCAAGCCAGGCCGACCAGACUUCUCGCAGACAAGACAUAGACGAUACUUCUGGGUCCAUCCAUUCACCAGGACUUUGUACUGGAGCACCCAGAGCCCGCAGACUGCCAGCAAAGCUCAGUUGAUGGCCAAAAGCGUAGCCAUUGAAGCUGUCCGGGUUGUCACUGACGAUAACCCAUAUCCCCCGGGCCUUCACCGCAAGAGCUUGGAAGUCGUUACUCCCGGUAGAACCAUGCGGUUCACUGCUGCCACCAGCCAACGCCAUGAGACUUGGUUCAACGCACUUUCAUACCUCCUCUUGCGGGCAAACGAAGAAGAAGGGGAUUUUGUUCUGCAUAGCACACCAGAAGAUGGCCCACUCGACUUCAACCCUUCUUUAAACGGCCGGUCAUCUCGCAUGACUGACUACUCCCGACGGUCUGCCGCUUCACAUAGCAGCAGAGCAGCCCGAGGUAUGGCCCGUGGCUACGAUAUAACUCCCGGCCAUGAAUCGCCAUCUCUUUCGGUCCGACCGCCUGAUACUACCAUGAAGGCUGAACAGGCCCGGCAAGGCUCCGUGUCGAGAUUAAGCAGUAUGUUCAAAACCUCCGGGAUGAUGGGAACGUUCUCCAGCCGCCGAAGUCGGUAUGGUGGCAAGCGGGGAAGUGUAGACGAUACGAGCCAAGAGGACAGCGCCGAAGAUCUGAGACGUAUCUUAGAAAGACAGGAAAGAGAGGCUGAUAAAAUAGAGAAUGUCCGCGCUUGCUGUGACGGUAAUAUUGAUUUCCACCCCUUUUUGGUAUUUCCUUUUUCUCUUGUGCUAACUUCUCCUUAG